AAGGUUUAGCUCAUUUUAACUAUAGUUUAUACUGUUGGUAGUUAUCAACAGAAGUGCAUUAUAUUCCACAAGAUCAUAAUGUUUGCACUAUUUGAGAAUGUAUGGUAUGUUAUUUUAGAUAAAAUGUGUAUUUUGAGAUAUAUAUCCAGUUGACCGGUAUAUCUGAUAAUGUAAUAAGUAGUUUGGAUGAGUGCAAUGAGUUUAUUGGACUGAUCAAGGGUUUGUAUGGCGCUGAGUGGCUUAUGUACAAGAGACACAGGAGAUUGAACAUUGACUUUAUUUGACAUGAGCUCAGAAGAGGGCUGCUCCUUUUAUUAGCCACUCCUGUCAAAGCAGGUAAAGCCUGACACAGCUUCAUGAUCACAAGAGAACAACAGAACACAGCACUGACACGCUGAAGAGAACAUUUAUCUACAUCAACAACUGCACUGUGGAGAAGAAAACUUGAAAUGAACUUGUUCAACUCUGCUCUUGGGGAAAACAUCACUUUUGUGCGUCCUGCAUAUUUUGUCAUAAGUGGUUUAUCUGACAUCCCAAAUAUCAAGUAUUACUAUGUCUUUCUCUUUUUUGUUUAUAUUGUGUCAGUACUGGGAAACACAGCUGUAAUGGUUGUAAUAAUCAUGGAUCAUAAUCUGAGAACUCCAAAAUACAUUGCAGUUUUUAACCUUGCAUUUGUGGACUUGUUUGGUAGCUCUGCUCUGGUGCCUAAACUUCUUGACAUUUUUCUGUUUAACCAUCCCUACAUCCCAUACAAUGACUGCAUGGCAUUCCUUUUUUUCUGCUACACCUGCCUUUCAAUGCAGGCUCUUAAUCUGGUCGCACUCGCCUAUGACAGACUUAUAGCUAUAAUCUUCCCACUGCACUAUCAAGUGAAGGUGACCCACAGGUCCAUGCUGUCUUUGAUUGCCUCUUUCUGGGUCUUGGUCAUUACUGCUAUACUUACUGCAGUUGGCCUUCUGACAAGACUUUCCUACUGUAAGUCUGUGGUCAUUAAUAGCUAUUUCUGUGACCAUGGCCAGAUGUACAAGCUUGCCUGCAAUGACUAUUUUCCCAACACUGUCAUUGGUAUGUUGUUACCACUUCUAAUUCUUUGGCUUCCACUGGUAUUUAUCUUGUUAAGUUAUUUAUAUAUUGGCUAUACAUUGUCUAAAGUAUCCACAGUUCACGAAAGAGUGAAGGCCUUUAAAACCUGCACAGCUCAUCUUUCAUUAGUGGCAAUCUAUUUCAUCCCAGUAUUAAUCACAUUUACUAUGAGUGCACGUAUACAUCCAGAUGCCAGGAUCAUAAACCUGUCUCUGACCUCUGUCUUCCCCCCCAUGUUGAACCCGAUCAUUUAUGUUUUGCAGACAAAAGAAAUCAAACAAUCUGGGAAAAAAAUAUUAAAAAUCAGAAAGCGAUCCAAAAUUACAGUGAAGAAAGUAAAUAUAAAAUGACCAUUUCUGUGUAUGCUUUCUUGUGCCUUCUGUUUAGGACAUGUAAAUUACAGUAAAGUAGUGUGAAAGCAUUGAAAAAACAGCUCUUGUGAGGAACAGAUACUUGUGUAACAUCCCACAAAUGAUUCAACAUGAAAUUCAAAAUACAAAGUAAAUAAAUAACAUAAUAUAAAUACAAUAAAUAAUCUAGUUUGAAAUCAAUUUGAGAUCGAAUAACAAUUUCAAAAAUUGGUAAGAACUACAGUCAGCAGUGUGACACAUUUACAACUACAAAAAGACUAGUUUUCUGCUAACUGUUUUAACUUUUGCUUGUGAUUGUGUGAUAACUUCAAAGACAUACUAAAAACAAGUUCUUAUGAUCAAACAGUUUGUCUCUUUGCAUAUGUAGUUUUGAUCGUGUCUGAUGUGUAAUAGAAAAUGCAUGUUGUUUUCUUUCAUCUUUUGAUACAACAUUUAAAACAUACAAAUAAGCUGAUAUUUUAUUUCUAAAAUCAAUUAUUAAACAAGAAAGAUUUAUUUCAAUCAAAUGUAGUAAUGUUUUAAGGUCAUGGAUACCUCAUAGUUGCAUUUAAAAAGGAAUGAGGUUUGUCUUGUUUUCAUGUCUGCUUCUCUUUUCUGAAUGAAUCUACUGUGUUUUGUAACUCAGCACAACUUUACAAUAAACCUCUCCAGCCAUUCUGGGACAUGA